GGAUUGCUGAACUUACGUGUCAAUCGUCAACGUGCCAUGGUCAUGGGUCUCGAUCGGUCGGCGUCGCCAGCCGCGCUACUCACCGCCGCCGAGUCGGGUGAUGCGGCCGCCAUCGCGCGGCUUCUCUGCCACGGCGUGAGCCCCAGCACGACCAACCACAAGCAGCAGACGGCGCUGCAUAUUGCAGCCCUGCACGGCCACGACCCGAUUAUCGUCGAGCUGCUGGCUGCGAAAGCCGACAACCGCAAGACACCGCUGUACGAAGCGGCCAAGGCCGGCAAGCUCUCGGCGGUGACGUUGCUCCUCUCGGCCAAGGCGCGGACGAGCCUUGCCGACGUGUACGGCCGGACGCCACGCGCGAUUGCACUGGAGAUGGGCCAUACGAGCGUCGCUGAGCUCUUCGUGGAUCCGAACGCCAAGCGUCUUUUCAAGGCCGUCGUCGCCAACGACCACGAUCUCGUCACGCAGCUGCUCGCUAGCGGCGCAUCGCCGUCGAGCACCAACGAGAGAGGCGAGACACCGCUGCACCUCGCCGCCGCCAAAAACUUGGAGGCCGUCGCCGUCGCACUGCUUUCAGCCGGUGCGCGCGCCGAAGCUGCGUCACAGGACGGGUCGACGCCGUUGCACGAUGCUGCCUACUGCGGCGCGACUGCCACAGCCUGCGCGCUCGUCCGUGCAGGCGCACCCGUCAAUGCCAUCGAUGCGACGCACCGCACACCACUGUACUGGGCAGUUGGGAAACGGCAUGUCGACGUUGUCCACGUUCUCUUGGCGGCCAGCGCGGACGUGACGCUCGCCACCGAGACGGGCGACACACCAUUGCACGGGGCCGCGCGCAACGACGACCCGGAUACUGUGACUGCCUUGCUCCGAGCCAACGCUUCCGUGGUCUGCACGACCAAGGCAGGCAAGACCCCGCGCGACGUCGCCGUCGGCCGCGGCCACGACAAUAUUGUGCAACUACUAGACCAGCACGUGGCCAAAGCGCUGCGUUCGGCGAUUGAGACGAACGAGUCCGUCAGCUUGCAGCAGCUCCUCGACUAUGGUGCCGACGUCAACACGCGCGACGCCUUGGGGCGGUCGCCGCUGCAUGUCGCGAUCCUCCUGCACCGGACUGCGAUGGCUGUCCGUCUCGUGGCAAGCACGGCCAAUGUCGACGCAGCCGACACGUCGGGUGCGACACCGCUGCACGCUGCGGUUGCCACCAUGCAACUCAGUGUUGUCGACCACCUCUUGCGUGCGGAUGCGAGUCCCAACAUGGAAGACAAGGCGGGUGUAUCGGCGCUGCGACUCGCUGUCGAACAGCAGCAUAUUCCAGCGCUAACGCUAUUGCUCGGCUGCCGCACGACACAACUCGACGCCUUCGGUCAGCUGCCCACAUCGGUCCUCCACGCCGCUGCCAGUGCCGGGUUCCUGGGCGGUGUCGACGCCCUUUUGACGGCGGGUGCCACGGUCGACCUACGCAGCAAAUCCACGACGGGCGAGACGGCGUUGCACCUGGCGGUGGCCAACGGUCAUGUUGACGUUGUCGAGCGCCUCGUCGCUGCGGGUGCCAACGUCGACGCCGUGACGACGAAAACAUGCGACACGCCGUUGCACGUGGCAGCCAGGCGCGGGCUCGGCGCUAUCGUUUCGGUGCUCUUGGCUGCCGGUGCUAGUGUCGAGGCAACCAACGCGACUCAGCACACGCCCGUUGCAUGCGCGACCCCGUAUCCGGACGUUAUUGCGAUCUUUGGCACCGACACCCGCCGACGCACCCAUAUGGUGGCAGCGCUUCUCGCAGCGGUGUGUGACGGUGCCACCGACGUGGUGCGCUCGCUUGUAGCCGACGGGCUGGAUCCCAACACGACCAACGAGGCUGGCGAAUCGCUCUUGCACCUCGCCGUGCGUCAAAACCACCGAGGGCUUCUGGAAGCGCUGUUGCAAGCUCCUGGUAUCCGCUUCGACCAGCGCAACGCGGACGGACGGACACCGAUGAUUCUCGCGAUCCAAGCCGGUCACCGACGCUUGGCCAACAUCCUUCACGCCGCCGCCCACGCCUUGACGCCCGAGAUAUCGUCGGAGGCUUUUACCAUGGACGUCGAUGCACCGCUCGGUGUCGGCGGGUACGGUGCCGUGUACAAGGGUACGUACAACGGCCGUCCCGUCGCCGUCAAGACGGCUCUCGGCGCCAGCGGCGUCGCCGCGCUUAUUGAAGAGAUGGAGACCAUGCAGCUCUGCCACUCGCCGUACGUGCUGGAGCUCCUCGCUGUCACCAAGAUGCCAAGUCCCAAGCUCAUCCUCGAGUACAUGGACGGUGGUGAUCUCCGCAGCUUCCUCGACGCCAAGCGCCUCAAUCAAUCCACCAAGGUGGAUGUCUCAUCAUUGGAGGUCGCGUGGGUCGUUGCCAAUGCCCUCGCCGAUAUGCACCACAACGGCCUCCUCCACCGCGACAUCAAGAGCCCGAACGUCCUCCUCUGCACUCACAACUACAUCAAGCUCGCCGACCUCGGCAUCGCGCGCGAGUACGAGUCGAAUAUGACCAUGGGCAUUGGUACAUUGCGCUGGAUGGCCCCCGAGCUCCUCGACCCGAAGCGCAGCUACAACGCAGCGGCCGAUAUGUAUGCGUUUGGCGCGCUCUUGACCGAGCUCGACACGCGUCUUGUGCCCUUUGCAGCCGAGACGUCGAUUCCGGAGAUCAUGCGCAAGCUCGGUGACGGUGCGCUCAAGCCGACGUUUACAUCGACCUGCCCCGCGUGGCUUCAAGACCUGGCGACCGCCUGUCUCGCCUUUGACCCGAAAGGGCGUCCGACAGCCCAAGAUGUUGUCAACCGACUCAAGCAGCACCUAGCCCGGCAAGUUGAUCGAGCCAACACGGCUGACGACGAGAACGCGGCGCCAAGCUCGUCAGCUGAGAGAGCUCCGAUCCUCCAAGCGGCGCGGGCGCCGCCGACAUCGAUUCGUCGUGUAGAGAUCGAGGCCGAGGACAUGGCAUCCGGCCUGGUAGCGCAGCUCUCGAUGAGCCCUCGCCGCCCGUCAACGCACCCCGCCAGCGAGCCGACGCCAGCCGAUCCGAGUACAACCGAGCCACUGGCAUUUGGCAACACCAAGACGUACUCGGGUUGGACCACCGAGAAGCUCGUGGCGACAGACCUUGUGUGUCAGCUGUGCAACACGACUAACAGCCUUUUGGACGACGCCUGCGGAACGUGCACCGAGCCGCUGCCGCCACCGUCGCUCAAACUCAAAGUGCUCUUGCGACGCCUCGACGCCGCCGCCCAGCGCGGGUUGCGCGUCGAUGGGAGCGUCACUUGCUUUACGUGCAGCGACGCGUACCCGAUGACGCGCGCGGCGUGUGACUGCGGUGAAGAGUUUCCGGCCGACGUGAGCAAGAUCCGCAUGCUCCUCAAGCGCAUCGAGCUCGCGAGCAAGAGCAAGUCGACGCCGUAAGCCGACGACUCGAGCACAGACAGAGCCACUCUGCAAGCAACCCACAACUGUCGACCCUCCUACCCUCCUACGUGCGCCGCGCUGGACGCUGACGCGGCAGCUGGUAGCGAAGAUGAGAUUGGACAAGAUGACAAUAUCAACACGACUUUUGAAACGAGA